AUGAAAGUCCUCUCAUUGCUGUGGCUGUCAACGGUAUCCGCAUUUACAGUACAUAAAGGGUUUGCAAGCGCCAACGUCCGCAACCAUGUGCAAGCGAUCACAUCCCGACCACAUACGAGAAAUCAUCGAAUUGUCAACCCUUUGGAUACCAGAGGGUCGCCCACAGUCCGUGCAUUGACAAUUGCUAAAGCUUCCAACGAUGGACAAAUUAACGGAAUUGCUAAAGUUUCACCACCUACCCCGACUAUCAUGUCCGCAUUUCUCCUUCUGGCUUUGGAUGUUGGAUUUCGUCGACUAUUCCAAAAGCUUGCAAUCUCUUUUCCAUCUUCGCUCGGUGGGUGUUGCGCCCUUUUCAUCAGUCUCUUGACGCUACCUGGGGGAGAAAAAAUGUUCAAAAUCCUUAGUCCUGGUGCAGCAUUGCUGGCAAAGUGGCUUCCCGUAUUCUUUGUACCCAGUUUGGUGACUUUGCCUCUGGUCGGCAAUGUUGGACCUAUGUCUGAGAUUCUGAAGAUUUUUGCGGUUGUCGUUGGCGGAUUCUUUUUCACGCUGCUAUCGACAGCUGGUUCGGUAGUUGGAAUUCGCAAGAUUCUUUCGCCGGAUGCCAUUACGAAUGGUGCUGACGAAGGGAGCGAGAACGCAACUUUGAUAACGGAGGCUCCAAAGAUACCGCCAAAAGCAUUUUCAGACGAAACGACUAUUCGUCUUCGCUUGGCUUCGAUCGCGACGGGAGUUGCGGCAAUUGCUAGCAACAGGUUGAGUUCUUCUUUCGCGACCCCAAUUCGUGCAUUGUUCCUUCUAUCUGCUACGUUGCACAACUAUGUCUUUGGAGCGCGAUUACCAAGAAGUUUCAGUAAAGUUGUGCACCCCUUGGUAACUUGUACAGCACUGACUUGGGCAACAGCAACAGCAUUUGCAUCGGUUACUGGAUCAACCUUUGUUUCCAUGCUCCGUGGCUACAAGACGGGAACAUUGACACCGCUGAACUGCGGAGCUGGAGAUGUUCUUUUAUUUUUAUUGGGGCCGGCAGUUGUGUCACUCGCGAUCUCCAUGUACGAUCGGAGAAAGUUAAUGCGAGAGAACUUGACCGAGGUCGUCACUGCAAUUUCGGUAGGCUCUUUGGGCGGGUUAUUUGGAACUGCUGCAGUGGCUCGACUGUUAAGCAUUGCUAGUCCCUCUGUUCGCCUUUCACUGCUAUCUAGGAACAUCACCAGUCCAUUGGCCAUGGCAAUUGCAGGGAUCCUGGGGGGAGAUGUGUCACUGGCAGUUGCCAUGGUUGUUGUUACCGGCUUGAUUGGUGCCAACUUUGGGGCUAGCAUUUUGGAUGCAGUCGGUAUCAAGGAUUCUGUUGCAAGAGGACUUGGAAUUGGCACUGCCGCUCACGGCUUGGGGACAGCUGCCAUUGUCAACGAAAAGGACGCCUUCCCCUUCAGUGCCAUUGCCAUGGCUUUGACAGCCUCGGCAUGCACUUGUCUGGUUUCAAUUCCAGCUCUCAAAAGACUGCUAAUACAGCUAGCUCUAGGGGUAUAA